AUGUCUCAUCAGACGACAUCAAUAGCAACUGGUGAUGAUUCAUUGUUAGAUUUAUAUUUAUCCCGAGAGAAAAGUGAAAAUGGAAAAAACUAUAUACAAGGUAAUAAAAAAAAAGAAAAUUCCUCAUUUUAA